CCUUUGAACAUGUUAUAGCACAUCGUCUCCAAACUUCCCUAACCAAAUAAAUUGUCACAUAGUAGUCGAUAAAAAAAUUGCACAAUAGUGUGUGUUUUGUUUCUUUUGCCGUGAGUAAACAUUAAUUGAUCGUCUAGUAAUAAAUUAAUCUUUUAAAAUGUCACAAGCAAAGUUAAAUGAUCUUGCCGGAAAAUUUGGAAAAGGUGGACCGCCCGGCCUUACAAUGGGGCUCAAGUUUCUUGCAGCCGCCGGUGCUGUAGCUUACGGGGUAUCACAGUCUCUUUAUACAGUCGAAGGUGGUCAUCGGGCUAUAAUUUUCAGUAGAUUGGGAGGUAUUCAGAAAGAAAUUUUUGCUGAAGGACUUCAUUUUCGCAUUCCAUGGCUGCAUUAUCCAAUUAUAUAUGAUAUUAGGUCCCGCCCAAGAAAGAUUUCCUCACCUACUGGAUCUAAAGAUUUACAGAUGGUUAAUAUAUCAUUGAGGGUUUUGUCUAGGCCAAAUGCGGCACAACUCCCAACAAUGUACAGACAAUUAGGCUUAGACUAUGAUGAGAAGGUUUUGCCUUCAAUUUGUAAUGAAGUGCUGAAGAGUGUAGUAGCAAAAUUCAAUGCUUCUCAGCUGAUUACUCAAAGACAGCAGGUAUCUCUGUUAAUCAGAAGAGAACUGGUAGAAAGAGCUGCAGAUUUUAAUAUUAUUCUAGAUGAUGUAUCUAUCACUGAACUGAGUUUUGGAAAGGAGUACACUGCUGCUGUUGAAGCCAAACAAGUGGCACAGCAAGAAGCGCAGAGAGCUGCAUUUGUAGUUGAACGAGCUAAACAAGAAAAGCAACAGAAAAUUGUGCAAGCUGAGGGAGAAGCAGAAGCAGCUAAAAUGUUAGGUCAGGCAGUUGGCCAUAAUCCAGGUUACUUGAAGCUGAGGAAAAUUAGAGCUGCACAGAGUAUUGCAAGAACGAUUGCAAACUCUCAGAAUCGUGUUUAUCUUUCUGGCCAGAGCUUGAUGCUCAAUAUUCAAGACCCAACAUUCGAUGACUUGUCGGACAAACUUAAAAAUGGUGAAAUAUCUCGAGAUGCUCUCUUGAUCAAUCCUUCCCUUAAUCCUUCUGAGCGAUCUUCCUCCUCCGACUCCAAAUCAAACUUAGUCUCGAAUGCAGCAAAUGAUGUUGCACGUCGAAUUUCACUUUCAUAAAUGUUAUUGAUAGUUAUAUAAUGGAUAUGUAUGUAAAUUUAAAGUGCACAGUAGACACAGGUAUUAC